GGAGUGGAAACGGGAAUUUUCGGAGGCUAGGUACGAAAACGUUCAAAAUUAGCAGUUGCUCUAGUUCUCUAAUUUGACGGCGAUUUCAAAAUGGCUCAACUUCCUGUUGAGAAAGAGUUGAAAAAAAUUGAUGCAGAAUUGAGAAUUGUAGAGGAGGAUAUAGACAAACUUCAAGAGAGAAAAACAACACUUCUGAAAAGAAAACAAGCAUUGAAGGAAAAAGCAAAUGAAGAAGCCACAAAGAAACUUGCUAGUCAGGACUGGGAAAGCAAUGAUUUUCCUUGGACUAAAAAAUUAUACCAAACACUUAAAGAUGCAUUUCGUAUUGAAAAAUUUAGACCUAUGCAGCUAUCUGCAAUGAAUGCAACUCUCAAAGGUCACGAUGUCAUCUUGAUUAUGCCUACAGGUGGAGGGAAAAGUCUUUGCUAUCAGCUUCCUUCUUUAGUAUCUGAUGGUAUUACUCUUGUUAUUACUCCACUUGUUUCACUAAUGGAAGAUCAGUUGGCCAGUUUGGAGAAACUGGGUAUAGAAGCUGCAAAACUAAAUGCAAGUUCUAGCAAAGAAGAAGUCAACAUGGUUCAUUCGGCCAUGACAGAUGCAAAAUCCUCCCUCAAGUUACUCUAUGUAACACCAGAGAAACUUGCUAAAAGCAAAAGAUUCAUGACAAAGUUGCAAAAAAUGUAUCAGAUCAAACGAUUUGCUUGUGUGGCCGUUGAUGAAGUACAUUGCUGUUCUCAAUGGGGCCAUGAUUUUCGGCCAGAUUACAAGUAUCUUGGAGUCCUACGUUCUCUGUUCCCUACCGUGCCCAUAGUUGGACUUACUGCCACAGCAACGUUAAAUGUAACAAACGAUGUGCAAAAGAUGCUUAACAUGAAGAAUUGCUUGGUUUUCAAAGCUUCCUUUAAUCGUCCCAAUCUUUAUUACGAGGUUAGGAUUAAACCCUCCACCCAAAAAGAAUGUAUCGACGAAUUGGUGCAAUUGCUAACAAACAGGUUUCAUGGGCAAUCCGGCAUCAUCUAUACCACUUCCGUUAAAGACUGUGAUCAGUUAGCCAGUGAACUACGGCAACAAAAAUGCCGUGUGGCAUCUUAUCACGCCAGUUUAGAGCCGGCAGAUCGAACCGAAGUUCACACAGGAUGGCGGGAAAAUAGAUACCAGGCUGUGGUUGCGACUAUUGCAUUCGGAAUGGGAAUCGAUAAGCCAGAUGUCAGGUUUGUCAUUCAUCAUUCUAUAUCCAAAUCUAUGGAAAAUUUUUACCAGGAAAGCGGACGAGCGGGACGAGAUGAUCUUCAAGCCUGCUGCAUAGUUUAUUGGCGGCUGUCUGACUUGUUUCGAUUAAGUACAAUGGUAUUUACUGAGCAAACUGGUCUUCGUAACCUUUACGCUAUGGCUGCCUAUUGCCUAGACCCUGAAAGAUGUCGCCGUGAAAUCAUAGCCAGUCAUUUCGACGAGCGAUGGGAAUCAUCUUCCUGCAAUAAAAUGUGUGACCACUGCAGCAAAGACUCGACAUCAGCGGAGAUUAACAUCGUCGAACAUCUGACUACUCUCAGGCAAAUACUUGAACGAGCCGAAGAACAACAAGUGCGCGUGACAGCUCAAAAAUUGAUCGAUGCUUGGCAGAACACUGGACAAGUUUCGCUGCGUUUACCUGAUUUCAAGAAAGCGGCAAAAUUACCCCGUGACAAGUGCGAAUCAAUUUUGGCUCAUUUGCUACUCGAGGGCUACCUUAAAGAAGAUUUCCACUUCACGCCUUACAGCACCAUUAGUUACCUUCUCCUCGGUGAGCGAGCGCAUUUCAUCAACAAGGAAAUCACCAUGAAAGUUGAGACUUCAUCAGUGGACGAGGCAGAGAAAGCGAGUAGCAGCCGAGGUAAGACCACUAGGAAGCAAUCAACUACACAUUCGGCCGCAGCAAAGAAAUCGAAAGUUGAAGACUGUUUAAUUGAUGUGUCAGACUCGGACUAAGAAUCCACAGUUGGAAUUAAUAAAAGUUUUUCAGCUGCACUA